AUGUCGUCAUCAGUUCCACAGAGUAAACCAGUGUACCGACGUCUUGACUCGGAUAAUACUGUGACGACGAGGGCCUCGCCAGAUUUGGGUCGUCCACAAGUUCCCACGAAGAAAGGGAGCUUGUUCAGACUUACUCCCGGGGGCGUUACUCAGUCGAUGUUCACUUUAAUAUCAACAUCGAUGGGUGGUGGUGUUCUCUGCCUUCCUUAUGUGAUGAAGCAGGCUGGUAUCAUCAACGGACUCAUCCUGUUGGUAGUCUCUGCGGCUUUGGCUAUCCUUACUAUGUAUCUUCUGAUGGAGUCAGCCCAGAGGACUGGCAGAGGCUCCUACGGCUCUCUACUAGGCAGCUGUUGUGGUCGUUGGUCAGCUGCUGUAAUGGAUGCUAUCAUGUUUUUCUACGGCAUGGGCACGAUGACAGCAUACCUCAUUUUAGAAGGAGACUUUUUACCAGCUCUCUUCGCUUGGAUCGGCGUCAGCGUCCCCCGUACAUUCUGCAUCUUCCUGGUUGCCAUCGUGGCCAUCCCUCUCGUGCUGCCCGAGAAACUGUCUGUUCUUCGCCAUGUAACGCCUAUAUCGACUCUGGCCCUUAUCUUUACUGCUAUCUGCACCCUCAUUCAAGCUCCAGGGCGAGCAGAGAGUCUUCCUGAGGAUCUCACGGUUAACCUGGCUGUUUUCGGAUGGCCUCUUCUGAAGUGCUUGACUAUUACUCUUUUCGCAUAUAUUUGCCACACUAAUGUGGUUCCCGUGGCCAACGAGCUGAUCGACCCCACGCCCAAGAGGUGCUUCAAAGUUAGUUUCAGAGUGGCAGUGCUGCAGCUGGGCUUCUAUAUUCUAAUCGGUGUAUCUGGUUACCUCAGUUUCUUGAGCACUACUCAUCAAAAUUACAUCACGAACUACUCUCACGACGAUGUUCUCAUUAACCUCUGUCGUUUGGCCCUCGCCCUCAGUCUGAUGUGCUCUAUUCCGAUCAACACCAAUCCGACGGCGAGAGCCGCUGUGCAUUUCAUCUCCUCGAUGAAGGAGGUAUCGGCAGCACAAAAUGAGCCUCUUCUUGAUCAGCGCGAAAGGUUACCGUCGUCCCUCCGUUGUGAGAGUCGAAGCGAGAAGAUUCUUCGUAUUUCGAUUUCCCUGAUUCUUCUCGUGGUGACCUUGACCAUUGCCAUAUUGGUGCCUGGCAUCGCUGAUGUGUAUCCCUCUUGGGUGGUCCUUGGGGAACUCUACUGCUCGUCACUUGCCCUUGCAUUAUCUUCGUAA